CACAUCUGUUAAAGAUUAUUUAUUAAGAGAAAAGAAAGUCUCUAAUAUUUUCAUGAAGAAGUGGUUUACUGGACAUCAGAUUAUGCAAAUGACCAAAGAUCCUGAGGGCACCUCAUUUGAUAUUACUCUCCUAUAUCUUUGCAUCAAAUUAGUGUGCCGGAAUGUUGCUGAUGCUAAAGAUCCCACUUGGUCAGAACCUAAUACUCUGGAAUAUACUCUGCAAUACUUGAAAAAUAAACGCAAUGAGUUUGUUCAUAACCCUCAUGAUCAUUUUUCUAAAGAGGAAUUUUUGGAGUUUCUUGAUGAUAUCAAAAUCAAAAUCGGGAUCCUUUAUGAUCAAGCAGGAAGGAGGUAUGAUGUUCAAAAGGAAACGGUGGAAAAGUUGAUUUGUGAAACAAUUAGAGAAAUAGAUUGUAUCUCAGAAAGAGCCAUAAGAACAUCAUUGGAUAAUGAUUCUCAGUGUGAACUUGAAAAAUCUAGUGAGAGAACAAGGUAAAUUGGAAGUACAGGAACAUUUAAAAGAAAAAUUCGUAAUUGAUUGUUCUUCUGAAAUACCAGGAUUUUCUAAAACAGUUGAUGUUCAUGAUAUUUUCACACCAAAUAAUCUAGUUUCCAAAAAGAAAUUUUUUAAUCAUUCGGGUACUUUGACAGUUCAAGAUAUCUUGAAUGUGAAAAGUAGUAAUGGUGAAAUUGCAUCUGUUAUUGUUGUUGAGGGAUUAGCAGGUGCAGGGAAGACAACUUUGGCCAAAGUAAUUUUAUCACAUUGGUGCAAGGAAACAGACUUUAUUAGAAAUCUAAAACAGUAUGAUCUUAUCCUCUUCUCAGAGUUUCGCAUCCCAGCUUGCACAGAUAUCAAAGAGUUAUUUCUAAUGCACAUGCCAAAAACAUUUAAGAAAAUGACAGGUGAGAGCCUUGUAAUGGCAAUUAUGAACUUGAAAAUCUUAGUUAUUAUGGAUGGUUUUGAGGAAAUGAACAGUUAUUCACAAACCCUUCUUAUCCACUUCAUACAAAGGCUAAAUAGUCACAAAAUGCAGCUGUUGAUUACAACCAGACCGAAUAGAGAUGAAGCCCUUUUCAAGAUUAUUCCUAAAAACAUUGAAAUAUGCCACCUUGAGAUUGUGGGAGUACCACAAGAUAGGUUGUCUGAAUUUGUACUGAAAUGGCAUAAUAUUAUGAAGAGCAAGGGUUCAAAAGGAAAUGAAGUGAGUAACCUUUUGGAAGGGAAAACAGUAAAAAUGAUGACCAGAAAAAGGUUUUUGGACACAAAGGUUUUUGGUGAAUUUUAUGGUGCCCUUGCUCUGUGUGAUCUCUUGAAACGUGGAAGUGAUGAUGAAAUCCUCCAGAGAUUAAUGACAGAUUUUCAUGAAAUUUUGAUAUCAAAUCAACUUCCUAUUGGAGUGACAAAAAGGAUUAGAGGGGAAGUUAAAAAAACGCUUAAGAGAAGUCUAAACAAGACAAAUACUGUCUUAGAGAUAUUACAAGACCUUCAUUAUGAUAAACCUGAUUCUUUCUCAUUGUUAAGGUAUCAAAAAGUGUUAAUACAUUUGAUUGGUGUAUUGAAAUUGGAAAGUAGUUUGUCAGAAGAAUAUGCCAGUGAACUUGUCGACCUUUUGAAAGAAACAAAUCUGACAGAUACUGAAGCGUGGUUGAAUAUCCUUACUGAAACAGACUGUGAAGUUAACAUAGUUCCCAAAGUGAGAGAGAUAAUAUCUGGGAAUACUAAUUACUUGUAUGUAAGAGAUGGACACUUAAAAGCAGCUGCGUGUGUACUACAGAAUUCAGAAUUUGAGUAUGUGAACAUAGACACUUUUAGUGACCCUGGUAAACUAGGGUAUUUAAAAGAUGUGUUGAAAUCUCUGUCAAGUAGGAAGACAUUUAUUCAUCUGAGUUUACUACACCAUUGGCACUAUCCUGAACAAGGAUGGUCUGAUGACUUUCUUCACUGCUUGCUGAACAAAAAUAAGGUGAAACUGACACAUUUUAAAGGUUCUGUAAAAAGCCUCUCCUCCCUUAGCAAGCAGACUGAGGGUGUUGUAUUUGGCUCUUGGAACUCCAUAUUCUGA